GAACGCCGCUGAACGCUCCGCUGCUCGCUCGCUGCCGUCAUGCUGCGGCUGCUGCUCCCGCUGGCCGGCCUGGCGGAGCUCCUCCGUGCGGCGAAUAUACCGCAGAGGACUUUUGGGAUUGAUUAUGGCUGCAACUGCUUUGUCAAGGAUGGGCGCCCUUUCCGUUACAUCUCUGGCAGCAUUCACUAUUCCCGGGUGCCCCGGUAUUACUGGAAAGACCGCCUCUUGAAGAUGAAGAUGGCUGGGCUGGAUGCAAUUCAAACGUAUGUACCAUGGAACUACCAUGAAACCCAGAUGGGCGUGUAUGAUUUUUCUGGUGACAGAGAUCUGGAGCAUUUCCUGCAGCUUGCUAGUGAAACUGGCUUGCUGGUGAUCCUAAGAGCUGGACCUUACAUCUGUGCAGAAUGGGACAUGGGUGGUCUUCCAGCAUGGCUGUUGGAGAAGGAAUCUAUUGUUCUGAGAUCUUCUGAUUCAGAUUACCUGACAGCAGUGGAGAAAUGGAUGGGGGUCCUCUUGCCAAAGAUGAAGCCUCACCUCUAUCAAAAUGGAGGUCCAAUCAUCAUGGUACAGGUGGAGAAUGAGUAUGGAAGCUACUUUGCUUGUGACUAUGACUAUCUGCGUUCCCUUCUGAAGAUCUUUCGCCAGCAUCUUGGGGAUGAGGUGGUGCUGUUCACAACUGAUGGUGCAAGCCAGUUUCAUUUGAAAUGUGGAGCUCUUCAGGGUCUUUAUGCGACAGUAGACUUUGCCCCAGGUGGAAACGUCACAGCAGCGUUCUUAGCUCAAAGGAGCAGUGAACCUACAGGCCCUUUGGUUAAUUCUGAGUUUUAUACUGGAUGGCUGGAUCACUGGGGGCACCGUCACGUUGUUGUACCCUCACAAACUAUAGCUAAAACACUUAAUGAAAUCCUGGCACGUGGUGCUAAUGUUAACCUGUACAUGUUUAUAGGUGGAACUAACUUUGCCUACUGGAAUGGUGCUAAUAUGCCUUAUAUGUCACAACCCACUAGUUAUGACUAUGAUGCUCCACUAAGUGAAGCAGGGGAUCUGACUGAAAAAUAUUUUGCCUUGAGGGAGGUCAUUGGUAUGUAUAACCAGUUACCAGAAGGUCUUAUCCCUCCAACAACAUCCAAAUUUGCCUAUGGGAAGGUUCGCUUGCAGAAGGUGGGCACUGUGGUGGAGGUUCUUGAUAGGCUGUCACCUUCUGGACCGGUGAAAAGCACUUACCCAUUAACCUUUGUUCAGCUCAAGCAGUAUUUUGGAUUUGUACUGUACAGAACGAAGCUUCCAAAAAACUGCACAGAGCCAACACAACUGAGUUCACCUUUAAAUGGAGUCCACGAUCGUGCCUAUGUCUCUGUGGAUGGGGUUCAGCAAGGAGUCCUUGAAAGAGACAAGUCACUAAUGAUAAAUAUAACUGGAAAUGCUGGAGCAAAUCUGGACAUCUUAGUAGAGAAUAUGGGCCGGGUCAACUUUGGAAGAUUCAAUAACGACUUCAAGGGUCUAGUUUCAAAUUUAACUCUUGGUCAAGAUAUUCUUGUUGAAUGGGAAAUGUAUCCCCUAAAUAUAGACGGAGCAGUGAACCAUUUCAUUCAUGGCUACCCUGGCCACCCGAAGAGAUCUGAUAGCAAUCCACAGAGUUACGAAGCACCUGCCUUCUACACUGGUACACUUUCAAUUCCUGGAGGGAUUCCAGACUUGCCUCAAGACACCUAUGUUAAAUUUCCUGCCUGGACAAAGGGGCAAAUUUGGAUCAACGGCUUUAAUCUCGGUCGCUACUGGCCAGCCCGUGGCCCUCAGUUGACCCUUUUUGUUCCAAGGAAUAUACUUGUUUCAUCGGUGCCAAACAACAUAACAGUGUUGGAGCUGGAGCAUUCUCCAUGCAGCAUCCAGCUGUGUGAGAUAGAAUUUGUAGAUAAACCUAUUAUUAAUGCAACCACACAGUACGAAAUUGAUGCACCCCCCCUGUUUGUUAGAGACAUGUGGCUGAGCCAUCUAUAAUGAUUUGAGUGGUUCCUUACGUUCCCCCUACUUUGCUUCCCGUUUCCUUCCAACACAGUUCCCCUUUUUUAAGUCAAUGUUAAUCAGUACAUUGUCUAGCUGAGGCAGCUUUUUAAAUUCUUCAAAGACUCUUUUUUUUUUAAGCUGGUCAGAGUUAAUUACACAAAUUCUCUUGAAAAAGGAAAGUUGUAACUUCACAGUUUGCCUUGGACUGUGAAACUGAGCUUAUCUAGAAGAUAACUGUAGCAUCAAAGUCUACUAAAAAUGUGCUCCUGUAGGCUGUUCGCAUUACAGAAACCCUUUUAUGAUUUUCUUUUUACUGUCUUUUGCAACUGGAGAGAAGCCUACAAAAGGGCUGUACAAUCAUACAAGCCUGCUGCUUGCUCACAUGGCCUGGCAAGUCAGUGCUGCCAAUGGACUAGAUACUUGCAACUCAUUUUUUUUUUUUUUUUUUUUUUCUCCAAUUAUCUAUUUAGUAUCAGAAUCAUUUUAGUCUAUGCUGACAGCCAGCAUUGAGUGGGCCUCUUUUUUUUUUUUUUUUUUU